ACGGCCGGCACCGCGGAGCGGGGGGGCGGCCGCGGAGGCCGAGUGCUCGGCCGGUUCCCGCUGGACGUGGGGUCUGCCCGCGCGGCCGCGUCCUGCGCGACGCUGCCCGCCUCGGCCCGCCAUGCGCUCGCCCGCCCCGACCGCGCUGGGGCUGCUGCUGCUGCUGCUGCCGCCGCCGCCUGCCGAGGCCGCCAAGAAGGCGACGCCCUGCAAGCGCUGCCGGGAGCUGGUGGACAAGUUCAACCGGGGAAUGGUGGACACUGCGAAGAAGAACUUCGGAGGUGGGAACACGGCUUGGGAGGAGAAGUCGCUGUCCAAGUAUGAAUUCAGUGAAGUCCGCCUGCUGGAGAUCACCGAGGGCCUGUGCGGCAGCAGCGACUUCGAGUGCCACAGUCUGCUGGAGGAGCACGAGGGGCACCUGGAGGCCUGGUGGCUGCGGCUGAAGAAGGACUUUCCUGACUUAUUCGAGUGGUUUUGUGUGAAAACGCUGAAGGUUUGCUGUUCGCCAGGAACGUACGGGCCAGACUGCCUCCCGUGCCAGGGCGGCUCCCAGAGGCCCUGCAGCGGCAACGGGCACUGCAGUGGGGACGGCAGCAGGCAGGGGGACGGGUCGUGCCAGUGCCACCUCGGCUACCAGGGCGCCACGUGCUCCGACUGCAUGGACGGCUACUUCAGCUCCCUGAGGAACGAGACGCACAGCAUCUGCACAGCUUGUGACGAGUCGUGUAAGACGUGCACCGGCCCGAGCAACAGGGACUGCGGCCAGUGCGCCGUGGGCUGGGCGCAGGAGGACGGCGCCUGCAUGGACGUGGACGAGUGUGCGGCAGACACGCCUCCCUGCGGCAACCAGCAGUACUGCGAGAACGUCAACGGCUCGUUCGUGUGCGAAGAAUGUGAUUCCACCUGUGUGGGCUGCACGGGGAAGGGUCCAGGACACUGUAAAGAGUGCGUCCCCGGCUACACCAAAGAAAGCGGCCAGUGUGCAGACGUAGACGAGUGCGCGGGGCCGGAGAAGGCGUGCGCGCGCCAGCAUGAGAACUGCUACAACACGCCCGGGAGCUUCGUGUGCGUGUGUCCCGAGGGCUUCGAAGACACGGAAGACGCGUGUGUGCAGACGCAGGCCCCGGGCGGCGGUGAGUGGCAGGCGCUGGCGGUGCACGUGCGGAAACUCCCAGCAGUGCGGCCCGAGGGCGGCGAUGGCUGGGGUUCCGGGCAGACGGGAGGGGAAGCGUGCCUGUGGGGAGCCCUGGCCGUGACCGCCCCGUGGGAGGUGGGGCCGCGCAGGAGGGUCCGUGACCCUGGAGUCAGCAGGCGGGCUCUGCGUGGGCUUCCUGAGAGCCCGAGGGCAGCGGCCGCUCCGAGCCCGGAGGGCAGGUCCGUCCCGUCUCUGCACUUCCAGCGGCCGUUAGGCUGCGUCCCUCCAGUCUCUGCUGGAGGCCUCUGUCUACGUGGCCUUCUCGUGGCUUGUGUGUCCGUGUCCGAAUCUCCCUCUUCCUACAAGGUUGCACCCCAGUGACCUCCUCUCACCUUGACCAUCCGUAAAGUGCCCCCAGUUCACAGCUUCCAGGGGUGAGGAUGGCCCCAGGUUCUGGGGGACAUGGCUCUGCCCACGACCGUCCCAUAGAAGUCGUGGAAGAACGUGGAGCAGAAGGGCCAGUGUCAAAACGACGCUGACAGAGUUUUCCUGAACAAGUAAGACCACAGACCCCAGAAGCUCCCUGACCCCGAGCCGGGCAGCGAGGGCGAGCGCACAGCCAGGUGCCUCGGAGCCAGCUCCGGACCUACCAGAUGUCAGCGGGGAGCAGAGCCCCACACCGCCUCUGCCCCAGCAUGGCCCGGGGGGUGCCUCCCCGGUCCCUGUCUUCGUCUCCCACACCCGAGAGGCCUCCUGCCGCGAAGCCCCUGCCCCGGCCCCGUGGAAAGCUCUCGUGCGGGGGUCCCCCAACAGCUGUGUUCAUUUCCCGGCAGAAGUCGCGGAAGGAGACCCCACGCGGCAGCCCUCGCGGGAAGACUUGUGAUGCGCGUCCAGAGCCAAA